CUUUGAUCCUAUUUUUGCUGUUUGAGAUGGCAAAUAGAUUCUCAGCUCAGCUGUUCGUAAGCAGGUUAUCUGCUUACACCACAGAACGAUCUCUGAGGCAACUCUUCUCUUCUUUCGGCCAAAUCAAACAAGCUCGGCUGAUCAGGGAUCCAGAAACGCAGAGACCAAAAGGGUUUGGUUUUGUUACAUUCGAAUCUGAGGAUGAUGCCCAAAAGGCGUUAAAAAGGUUGGAUGGGAAGAUUGUAGAUGGUAGACUAAUAUUUGUUGAAGUUGCCAAGAACAUGGAGGAAGUGACAACCAAUAUGAACAGUAAGAAAGCGGAGGACCAUGUGUAAUUCUGCAUUGAAACGUUAACCGUGUAGACUUCGUUACAUAAUUUAGCUGAGAUCAUCAGCUCCACAAUGAAACACAUGCAUUUUGUGAGAAUUGCUUCAGCCUUCUUUGUAAAACCGUGCGUUUUCAUUUUUUUAAUCAAUCUGGCCUAUGAAGAUUGGGCCUUGUAGAACUAAUGGGCUGUAAACUUUAAAAGUGGUGAGGCUUAAGAAUGCAAAGUUAGGGUUGAUGUUUUUUAAACGCCAC